CAUUCGAAUAUAGCGAGCGAGAAGAGAGAGAGAGGGAGAGAUUUGCGGUGCCACAUUUCGCAUCGCAGGGAGACGAUUUGCAAAGAAAUUUCAUGGCAAUGGGUUCCGAGGAUUUCCAGCCUCUCCGCCUGCUCCGUCCGUGAUUUCCCGAGGCUGGUUUGCCUUUUUGAAGAGGUGACGCGUUCCGUUCCGGGGGCAGCCUUUCUUUCCCUUCCUGCGCGCCCCGCGGUACAGGCUCCGACAUCUGUUCCGCGAGGGAAAGAAGGGUUGUGUGUGUGGGGGUCGGGGUUUUCUUCGAAAUUUCCGGAGGCGAUUGCGCGGGGAUUUGAGGAAACAUGAGUGUCAUUUCGGGCCUGAUCUCCAGGCGAGUUUUGCCUGUUUGCGGCAAUCUUUGUUUCUUCUGCCCGGCGAUGAGGGCGAGGUCCAGACAGCCUGUGAAGAGGUACAAGAAGCUCAUUUCCGAUAUAUUCCCGAAAAACCAGGAUGAAGAGCCAAAUGAUCGGAAAAUUGGGAAACUGUGUGAAUAUGCUGCUAAAAAUCCUUUGCGUAUACCAAAGAUCACAAGCACACUUGAACAAAGAUGUUACAAGGAGUUGAGAACUGAAAAUUUUCGAUCUGCCAAGAUUGUCAUGUGUAUCUACAGGAAAUUGCUAAUUUCUUGUAAGGAUCAAAUGCCUCUGUUUGCAAGUAGUCUACUAAGCAUAAUUAGCAUUUUGCUGGAUCAGACAAGACAGGAUGAGAUGCAACUAAUAGGAUGUCAGAACCUUUUUGACUUUGUAAAUAAUCAAAGGGAUGGCACCUACAUGUUUAACUUAGAGGGCUUCAUUCCGAAGCUCUGUCAGUUAGCUCAAGAACUUGGCCAAGAUGAGAGAGCACAGCAUUUGCGUGCGGCUGGUCUACAGGCACUUUCUUCUAUGAUCUGGUUCAUGGGUGAAUAUUCACAAUUUUCAGGCGAGUUUGACAAUGUGGUCUCCGUGGUCUUGGAAAAUUAUGGGCAUGCUAAGAAAGUCUCUGAAGACCCAAACAAGCAAGGUUCUGAGAAUCGUUGGGUACAAGAAGUGCUAAAACAUGAGGGUCAUGUCUCCGCAUCACCAGAAGUCACAAUGAGGGUUCCUUCUUGGAAGAAACUUGUUAAUGACAAAGGAGAAGUAAAUGCGACAGUGGAUGUGAAGAACCCUUGCUUUUGGUCCCGCAUUUGUGUUCAUAACAUGGCCAAGCUAGCCAAGGAGGCGACCACAAUCCGGCGUGUAUUAGAAUCAUUGUUCCGUUAUUUUGAUAAUGAAAAUUCAUGGUCUUCAGAACAUGGUCUUGCUUUUCCUGUCCUGAAGGACAUGCAAGUUUUGAUGGAGAGUUCUGGUCAAAGUACACACUUUUUGCUGUCCAUACUAAUCAAGCAUCUUGAUCAUCGCAAUGUCCUUAAACAGCCCAGUAUGCAGAUUGACAUUGUUGAGGUGACAACCUUCCUGGCUCAGCAUGCAAAGGUUGAACCCUCAGUAGCCAUUAUAGGUGCCAUAAGUGAUGUCAUGAGGCAUCUGAGGAAAAGCAUACACUGCUCGCUCGAUGAUGCUAAUCUGGGAGCAGAUGUAAUUAAAUGGAACAGAAAAUUCCAAGAUGUCGUGGAUGAGGGUCUGGUCCAACUGUCUCUUAAGGUUGGAGAUGCAGGUCCAAUACUUGACGUUAUGGCUGUCAUGCUGGAGAAUAUCUCCACCAUUACAGUUAUAGCCAGAACAACAAUUUCUGCUGUUUAUCGCACUGCCCAAAUUGUUGCUUCUCUACCAAAUUUGACAUAUCAGAAUAAGGCAUUCCCAGAGGCUCUAUUCCAUCAAUUACUGCCAGCUAUGGUGCAUCCAGACCAUGAAACAAGAGUUGCAGCUCACCGCAUCUUUUCAGUUGUUCUUGUUCCAUCUUCAGUUUGCCCCUGCCCAUCUUCUGUAAUUUCUGAGUCCAAGAAGGGGCCAGACCUUCCUAGGACGCUUUCAAGAACUGUCUCAGUAUUUUCAUCUUCUGCUGCCCUCUUUGAGAAGCUGAGAAACGAGAAGCUUCUGGCGAGAGAUCAUGCUCCUCCGGAUGAUAAAGAGAACAGUGAGGGAGAUACAAGAAAUAACAACAUUGGGAUGCUGAGCAGAUUGAAGUCAACUUACAGUCGAGCAUACAGCAUCAGAAAUCCUUCUGUACCACCGAAUAUAAAUGGAAAUCCUCUGAGCAAAUUAAAUAAGGAACUGGAGGCUGUUCCUCUUAGGUUGAGUAGCCGCCAGAUCACACUUUUACUUUCAUCCAUCUGGGCGCAGUCUAUUUCCCCAGCAAACAUGCCUGAAAAUUUUGAAGCUAUUGCGCACACAUACAGCCUUGUAUUGCUGUUUUCUAGAGCCAAGAAUUCCAGCAAUGAGGCGCUGGUUCGAAGUUUUCAGCUCGCCUUUUCCUUGCGUGAUAUUUCUCUCAAAGAAGGAGGACCAUUGCCACCAUCACGUCGGAGGUCCCUUUUCACGCUGUCUGCUUCAAUGAUCAUAUUCUCUUCAAUAGCUUACGGAAUUGUUCCACUUGUUCAUUGUGCCAAGAUAGCACUUACAGAAAGAACGGCUGAUCCGUUUCUGAAGUUAGUUGAAGAUCGCAAGUUACAGGCUGUAGGCACUGGAUCUGGACAUCAAACCAAUGUUUAUGGAUCGACAGAAGAUGAUGCCGCUGCCGUAAAAUCUCUCUCUCACGUUCAGUUCACAGAGGAUCAAGCAAGCGAAUACUGUGCUUCUGUAAUUUUGAAGACUUUGGGCAGCUUGCCGGAACCUGAGCUGUCCACCGUUAGGGAGCAACUUCUCAGUGAAUUUUUGCCUGAUGAUGUCUGUCCCCUGGGGUCCCAAUCAUUCACGGACUCUCCAUGCAAAGUAUAUCAGCUUGAGUCGAGAGCGAGCGAAUCUCAUGAUGAUCCUCCUUUAUUACCUGUGGAAGAUGAUGCUUUUGCGGAUUCAUUUGAAAGUCAAACUAAACAGAAUUAUGAGGACAUUGCCGGGGGCGUACCCAAUCUCUUGAGCAUAGAUCAACUUCUAGAAUCUGUACUGGAGACUGCACAUCAAGUAGGGAGACUAUCUGUUUCAACUGCCCCAGAUGUGCCUUACAAGGAAGUGGCACGGCACUGUGAGGCACUUCUCAUAGGAAAGCAGCAGAAAAUGUCCAACUUGAUGAGCGUCCAGCAGAAACAUGAAAGCUUGAGAAACUUAAAUUUGCAAAAGAAUAAUGAUGUGAAGAUGGGAUCUCAUUUCCCUGCGGAGAUGGGUACUCAAAAUCACAGGGCUGGCAAUCCUUUCCUGGAUAAUGACCAUAAUGCCAAUAUGCAGAAACCAACAACUAGCACUGCCGCAUUAUUGUGUUCGACUGAAUACCAGCAUAACCCGACCUUCUUCAGACUACCUGCGUCAAGUCCAUACGACAACUUUUUAAAAGCUGCAGGCUGCUGAUCCUUCAGUAGUAUGAAGACGACAUGGUUUAGGAUAGAUGGCGCACUGGCAUAAAGCUAGUGAUGGUCGGACAUAGAGCUCAAAGACUUCGCGGGCUUCAAAGCAUUCGUCGCCUAGUUAUGGUACAUCCAAUCUUCUCGGAAUGUAGGAGAAGCUGGUCAAGGUUCAACGAUUUUGUCACUCCAUAUCCAAUUCUUUCAUUCUUUAAUUGUUGCCCAGAUUGGGGGGACAUUCUCAUGAUUCCUUUUCCUGAAGUGUUGGUACCACAUCUGGGUUCACAUACAGUCCUUUUGUUGAAUGCUUUUAAUGUGUAAAUAGGGCUUUCAGUUCUCUCUCCUCUCUGUUGUUUUAUUUUUUCUUUUUCGUAUUCGGAUGGAGAUGUAGGCAAGUUUGGAGGCCUGGAGGCAAAUGACAUUCUCCUCCUAGAUUUAACAUCUGGAAAUCCUUCUACCUUAUUACUAAA